AUGUAUCAGACUUCCUAUAACCUUCCAAAAUCUCGACAAGGGCAAGAUGGUGAACAGCUGGGCCAAGAUCCCUAUCAGAAACACAUAAACCUGUAUCCUCGUCAACAGCAACAAAUGCAGCAGGAGCAAACCCCUCAGAGAAUUCAACUCCAAAUAUCAUCUACUGAUAAUUCAGAACAAUUACAGCCGAAAAGGGCGCCUUAUCCAACUUUGGAACCACAGCGACAACCACAACAACAACCGAGAAUGGUAAGAUUGGACUCGAAUCCAAUCAAUGACCCUAUAAUGAAUGAAAUAAUGAAACCUAAUCCUCCUGUAACACUUCAAUCAAAUUUUUCUGCGUCAGCUUCAUCACUGUCUUUGCAAUUAAAUAACUUGACCUUGGACAACAACAAUAAUAAUAAUAAUAACGGCAAUGCUACAUCCACAAGUAAUAGUCAGCGAAUGAAUUUACCAUUCGUUGACACCAAUGCUAAUUCUAGACCAUCACAAACACUUGAUACAAAAAAUGCAAAUAUUAAUAAUGCUACGAACAUUAAACGAAAAGAAGAAUGUCCAUCUUCUCCGCCUGAUGAAUACUCUGAAGAUGCUAAAUAUUUCUUUAAUCUUCAUAAACAAAUAAUACAAGAUUCCUUGAAUUUCAUUCCGAAUCUUCAAAUGAAAUGGUGUGAAACAUUACUAAUAUAUGCCUUCAAAGAUGAUUUCGUAUCGAAUUAUAACAUUAAUGCUCAGAAAUUUACAAGAGUAUUAAAACCAGAAGAAAUCCUAACAAACAAGAAAAUAAUUCUAGAACAUGCCUUCAAAUUACUAACGAAACUGAUCCAAUUGAAACAUGCACAGGCAAUCUAUCUAAUGGCCACAUUAUAUUCUCAUCAACCAUAUCUAAUUGAAAUCAAAUCCAAUUUAAAAUCAAUAAUAACGAAAAAUGAUGCAAAGGCAUUAGAUUAUUAUAUCAAAGCAUCCAAUUUGAACCACGCGGAAGCUACAUAUAGAACAGCAAUAUGUUAUGAAUUCCAAAAGGGUACACCUAACGAUAUGCUAAUAGAAGAAUCAUUAGAUUUAUCAUUCAAAUAUUAUCUUCAUGGUGCACAGGAUUUAAAUUUAUCAUCAUGUAAAUAUAAAUUAGGACUGGCGUAUCUUUAUGGAUUAAAUAAUAAUGUUCUUGUGGUUCCAUUGGAUAUAAAUAAAGCCAUAUAUUGGUUUGAAAAAGCCUCAACUUCACAAUCAUGUUAUGAAUUGGGGAAGAUUUAUGAAUUUGAUUCAUUACCUAUUCAAAUUCGUCAAGAAUUAAUGUCAGACCAGCAUGAGGAUGAUACGAAGAGGAAAAUACGACAAGAUUAUAAGAAGGCUUUGUAUUAUUAUAGUAAGUGUGCUCAGGAUGAAUCGAUGAAUGGGUUUAAUUACCCAUUAGCUCAAUGGAAAUUAGGACAUUGUUAUGAAUUUGGUGAAUUGAAUUGUUCAAUUGAUUCUAAAAAAUCAAUAGCAUGGUAUUAUAAAGCUGCGACUAAUAAAGUUAAACCAAAUUCAAUGGCUAUGAUUGCAUUGGCAGGUUGGUACCUAACGGGUGCUGAGGGCGUACUUUUACCUAAUUUCAAUGAAUCAUUUAAUUGGAUUUAUAAAAGUUACCAAUUAAAUGAUGGGAAAAAAUUACUAGGAAUGAAUUCUUACUGGGUUAUUAUUUAUUUAAUGGUAUUGGUUGUAAUGAAGAUAAACAAUCAGGUUUAA